AUGCAUUUGGAAUGCAACAUCUACUUGAGUGUACCUGACAUAUCUCUAGCAGAAUUUGAAGAGAGACUGUGCAUCUUUGAGGAUCUCAAGGCUUUGGAAGCCCAACUUUUCGCAUUGGGUGAUGAUGAGCAACAGUUAUUUACAGAUAUAAAACAAGUUGAGAAUUUCACGCGCACAAAUGUUAAGAAGUACAACAAGACUUGUGUGGUUUUUUCAGUCCUUAAGAAAAUAGGACAUUGGAUAUGUUUCCUGAUGUUCUUGGAGGAGAAAGCCUUCAGAGAGAAAAGAAAUAGGCCCUAUGGCAAAGAGACUCAUCCCACUUCUUGA